AUGGCAGACGAGAGAGCUGGGGCCGAGAUUGUGUACGGUGCUGAAGAAUGUCAUCGCCAUUCCAUUGAUCUCCUUGAAGAACUCGGUUUCCCAAAAGGUGUACUCCCACUCAAAGAUCUUGUGGAGUGUGGGAGGGGGACUAAUACACGUGUUAGCUAUGCAACUGAAGUGACUGCAUAUAUUGAAAAACAUAAGAUGAAGAAAAUGACCGGAGUUAAAAGCAAACAACUGUUGAUGUGGGUGCCUAUUGUUGAGAUGAGUAUGGAAGAUGAAAAAAGUUCCAAGAUUUACUUCAAGAUUCCGGUUGGAGUUGGAAAAUCCUUUGCGGUGACUGCAUUUAUGACCGAAGAAGAGAAAAAGAAAUAUGUUCUUGAGCAUUCAAAGUAA